AUGUUUUAAGAUUUUCUUUUCAAAUUUUCCAAAAAAUAAUAUAAAAAUUAUCAUUUAAGAUCUCUCUAAUUGUCUUUUCCUUGUGGAAUAAUUAUAUUUCCAAUUAUGUUAAAAAAUACAACAAAUCUAACAAAAGUCCAUUGAAAAUAGAAAAACAUCCCUAAAAAAAGUGUUUUUGUUUUUGCCACGGAUAAAAUUGCUUUUGUUUUACUGUUUCUUUUUGUGGAAAAAGAAAAAAAAAAUAUUUCUAUAUUUACCAGCUUAUCUUCUCUGCUUCUUUGUAUCCGAAAAAACGUAAUGCUUUUCGCUGGCAAUGAGCUGGUUUGAUACAACUAGACUGGCGAGUUUAACUAAACACGCUUUAAAAGAAGCCCAGAAACAAAUUGACAAAGCCCUGGACAUUCAAGACGAUCUCGAUGACGAUCCAAUCGCCAAAGAAAAACGCUUGAGUCAAAAUGCUGAACCUAUUGCUGCUGCGACGGAGAAAAAGAGCAAAACUGCUCCUUCAACUCCUGUCCAACAAACGCAGCCUUUAGGAUCCACAGAUUCCCAAGCUGCUUGGGGUUCAUUUACGGGAUCGUUCUUUGAGAAUCCAAAUGCCAAGGAAAUGAUAACAACUCCACCAAAAAGUGGCAGUGGUCAGCGGCAUUCGGUUACAACAACCGAACCGCUUUUGUCCAAACGAGAAUCUGUGACGUCGAAUUCAGAUUCUGUUGAUUUGUUGUCACCUCCGACUUCGCCGAGUACAGUUCCAACUUCGCCAUCGGAGAAUGUUAAUAAUUCCGAGUCGGUGGAGCUGAUAACAACUCCAACAUGUAGCAGUGAAGUUGUGAGUCCCGAUUCGAAUGCAUCGCUUCCAGAAAGUAUUGUUAUCAUUGGAAGCGAUGGAGAUCAUGAAGAAGAUGAUGACUCGAUGUCGUAUAGCACAGUGAUGGGGGAAAGCGCUACUACAAAAACAACCGAUAUGGUUGUUGUUCCAUUAGCAACUGAAGUUAAAUCUUCUGAAUCAAAACUCAUUGCCCCCUUGAAACCACAAAACAGUGCAAUUGAAGAUGCCCUUUUUGAAUCACAAACCGUCAAUUCAGAUUCCACGCAAAGUUUCGAAGAUGUCCAAAUGGUAGAAGCUGCAUCCGUCACAUCCGACGACAAAGAUUUGGUCAAAAUCAACUCUGGUCCAUCAUCCUCCGGCCACAAUUCCAACGAUGAAAUCGAAACCACAACAUCCUCGGAUAUCGAAAUAAUUUCCAAUCCCAAUGGCGACUCGAGUAGUGCCAAUAGCGCCAGUCGCACGAGUCCCCUGAAACAAGCCAAAGUAGUAUUUCCGCCAACUAAAAAAGGUCACUUUCGUGAACCAUCAGAGGUUUCAACCAUAUCCGAGGAUUCACAAUCCGACACAGAAAAACUCAUGCAUCGCAUAAGUGAGUUGAGUGAAAUACUUGAAUCCAGAGAACUACGUUUGUUGGAGUUGGCUCGUCAGAAUGCAGCACUUCAAGAGAAAAACAACGAAUUCCAGAGUCAGAUGGAUGUGAUGAAGCGAAAAACCGAACACCUUGAAAGCGAAGAACACACUCAGCGAUUGUCGGCUCUAGAAAAAAAGUUCCAAAUGAGUAUUCGUGAGCGAGAUGGCUUGCGUUUGCAAUUAAAAACAGCUAAAGAAGAAAUCCAAUCAAAAAUUCCCAAAAACGAUUUCACCCAAGUGGUAGCUGAAAAGGAUCAAAUGAUUUCCGAACUUCGUCUCGAAGGGGAGAAGCUGUCCAAAGAAGUCCUCCAGCAUUCGAAUAUCAUUAAAAAACUUCGUGCCAAGGAAAAAACCAAUGAAGCCGUCCUCAAACGGAAUAAAGAGCAAAUUUUCGAUCUGACUGAAGAAGUUGAACGAUUAAAGAAAACUCUAAAUGCAAAAGAAGAAGUGGAACGCUCUCAGAUCGAAGCUGUUCACAAAAUUUCAUCUGAAAAGCGUAAACUCGAAGAAGAGAAUACCACUUCCCGAAGUUUGAUAGAAGAUUUAAAUUCCAAAUUGAGUACACUUCAGGCAAGCUUUGAAGUUGCCAAAGUUGAAUUGCAAAAUCGUAAACAAGUUCAUUCAGAUUUGACUAAAAACACUCAAGAGCUUGCCACACUCAGAAAGGAAAAAGAAAGAGCCGAGUUGGAAAGCAAUGAAUUGGCAGCACAAUUAAAUGAAUUGCGCGAAAAACUACGCAUAUCCGAAGCUGGUAUGACCAUGCGAGAACAGAAACUCAGAGAAGAGAACUCUGAGUUGAUAAGACGAUUGGAAGAGUCUGAGAUUCGAGCCGAGAAUCUUACACAAGAAGUCAGUUUAACAACAAUUCCCCUAAUGCGACAGUUAGAAUCUCUUCAGUCGACACUCACAAUGCGAACGAAUAAUUGGGACAAGCAAGAAAAAGAGUUUUUAACCAAAUUAGAACUCUCAAGAGCCCGUUUACAAAGUUUAGAAAAUGUCGAAUGUUCAUUUAAAGAAAAAGUCAGCUUGCUUCAAUCAAGAAUUGAAACUCUUGAAGAGAAACUUUCAGCAUCAUUGAUGCAAGAGGAACAAACUAAAAUAGCACUUCAUCAAGCUGGUCUUGAUAGUAAACUUAUUGAAACAAAUUUGAAAAGACAAUUGACAACAUUAACGGAGAGUUUUGAAGACUUGAAGAAAACACACGAAGAAUUAAAACAAAAAUAUACUCUUUUAGAGGAAAAAUAUGAAACACUAAAGACGCAACAUAAGAAAGAAGAGAGACCAGCAAUUGAGGUAGUACAUCGUGAUAAUCCAGCCAAUUAUCGCAAUAGAGAUAUGUCUAUGAGUGAAGCGAGCAACUCUGAUGAAGCACAUCACACAUUGAGGCCAAAUAAUUCAUCACCAACACUAAGUUUGGUAGAUGAUGCUUUGGGAUCAUUGGAUUGGCAAGUGGACGAUCUAGAUUGCAUAUCGAAUUCUGGUCGACAAGCCACAUCUGUUUAUGGAAUGCAUAUUAAUCUGCCACACAUGAGCCACAAUGCAAGUACAAUAGAACACUUAACGUCUCUCGUCAAACAACGUGAUGGUGAAGUCAAUCAAUUGCAAUGGGAAUUAUCUCGAUUACAAGUUGAGCGAGAUGUCUUGAAUUCGGAAAUUUCAAAUCUCUCCAUGGAGUUGGAAAAUAUCAAAGAAAAAGCACAACUUCAUGAAGAUAUAGAAAAGAAUUUCGCCGAAUUACAACGUCAGUAUGAUGCCCUGUUGCAGAUGUAUGGAGAAAAAGUGGAACAAGCUCAGGAGCUUGAAUUAGAUUUACAAGAUGUUAAAGACAUGUACAAGGCACAGAUUGAUGAGUUAUUACGCCAACGCAAUAGUAGCGUUGCUGCUGGCGGUAAUGUUGGUGGCAGUUUAUCUUCUUCGUAAAUUUAAACUACCAAUAAUGUGCAUUUUCUUUUUAAAUUAAAUUUGUUGACAAAAGUUAGAACGGUGAAUGGUCUAAGUUGCCUUAACAAGUGUUUUUUAUGCACAUGAAACACACUCAAAUUGUUGUAUUUUCCUUUCCAAAAAAAGAAACACCCUAUUAACUAUUUUUCAUUCAAAUUGUUUCCUGCAAUAUUAAUUAAUGUUGAAGCAAAAAAAAAAAAAAAAAUACAUCAUACAAAAAUGUGUCAUUAAUUGUUAGUGUUUGUCCAAGCGGUGAUAUUAUUAUUUAAAAAAUUUUAUUUGUUAAUUUACAUUUAUCUAUUUUUCGGAACCAAAUUAAACAAAACAAAAAAAAAAAAUGGGAUAACACUCUCGUCUCUUUACAAAAAAAAGUCUCCAUUAU